UUUUAUCAUUUGUAAAUACAAAAUUCUCUCUCUCUCUCUCACUGUUUAUUCAUUGAAACCCCCACCAACCCAACCCAAAAUCAAAAUUCUCUGUGCUUUUCUCUCUCUAGGUCUCUGUAUACACUUGUAUUGUAUGAUUAGUAUAUUUGUAUAUAAAUAUACAUAUAUACAUUUUCAGGUUAUUCAUGGUGGGAAUGUUGUGUGGGAGUUGUAGAGAGAGAGAGAGAGAGAGAGGAGUAGUUUAAAUUUAGCUGAAGAAUUAGGGUUUUGGUAAUUGAUCGGAGUAGGAGAAUAUGCCAUUAACUCGGUAUCAGGUAAGGAAUGAGUUCAGCUUGGCUGAUCCAGAGCUCUACAGAGCAGCAGAUAAGGAUGAUCCCCAAGCUUUGUUGGAAGGUGUCGCCAUGGCUGGCCUCGUCGGCGUCUUGCGCCAGCUCGGCGACUUAGCUGAGUUUGCUGCUGAGAUAUUUCAUGACUUGCAUGAACAAGUGAUGGCUACUGCUGCAAGAGGCCAUGGUUUAAUGGUUCGUGUCCAACAGCUUGAGGCAGAAUUCCCCUCUAUCGAGAAGGCAUUUCUCUCCCAAACCAGUCACUCAUUAUUCUUUUACAAUACUGGUGUUGACUGGCAUCCUAAUCAGCGUAUGGGCCAGAAUCUGAUCACGCAGGAAGAUCUACCUCGAUUUGUUAUGGACUCUUAUGAAGAAUGUCGGGGUCCACCUCGGUUAUUCCUCCUAGACAAGUUUGAUGUUGCGGGAGCGGGUGCAUGUUUGAAGCGCUACACUGAUCCGUCAUUCUUUAAGGUGGACUCGUCAUCCGCGAGAAUGAUGAAUGCAGAAGUUCAGAGGGAAAAGAAAACCCGCAAAGCAAAGAAGAAAGGGUCACGCUGGAGGAAUGGAGAAACCCCAGAAGUUCUGCCUACAUCACAUGCCAAGACCAAAUUGCAUCAGUUAUUUUUGGAGGAGAGUGUUGAGAAUCAUGUUGUUGACCCUGCAAAUCGUGUGAAACUGAAGAGAAAGCUGAAUGGAUUUCCAUUUGACUCAAAAACUGGGAAAAGUUACAUGGAGAAAUUCUUGAAAACUCCUACACGAGAUCAUAAUGUCUUAUCUGAAAGUUUUGGUAACUCAUCGCCCUUGAGAUUACCAUCCAAUAUUCCUGGUGAAUCAGGGAUUGAAAUACUUGAAAUCAGUACAAUGAAUCCUGAAAACGAAUCACCGCAGAGGGAGCAUAGCCCAUGUUCAUCUCCUGAUGCAGAUCAGACUGGACAAAACUUACCCAUGGAUGAGUUGAGUGAGGUGGUCAAUUAUGGAAUUGUAGAAGUACCCCAACUGAACCCUAAUUCUGAAGCAGAUAGUGAUCUGUCUGCACUUCAUCAAGAGGUAGAUGAAAAGGAAAUAAUGGUUGAUGGGGAAAGGACAAUAGAAGGCAGUGCAGAUGGUUACCAAUCUGAUGAUAUUGCAAGUGAGGUAGAGAAUUACAUGGAUGCCCUUGCUAGCAUGGAUUCAGAGAUGGAAACAGAUGCUGAGUCUAGGGCUAAGAAUGUUCGGCGCUUCUUGAAUAUUAAAAAUUAUGGAAUGCAUUCUGAUGCAAGUGAAGAACAGCAGGACUUUCAAGCUCUUUUUUCAGAUUCGCAGUCAAUAGGAAACUCAACUGCGACAGAUGAUGGAAACGUCUCCUCCGGAAAAGAAAUAUUUAGGUUUUCAUAUUCUGAUUCUCUAAGCAAUUUGGUUGAGAAUUCCCCAUCUGAUGGUGAUGUGUCAGUUAUAGCUCUUUCAUCUACUGAAAUUUGUGAAGCUGAUAUUGUUAAUAUGUCGUCUGACAGGUGCUCUGUCAAUGGGGAGAGUCCAUCAACCCAACUUCUAGAGCACACAAUUUGCGAUGGUGUUUGCAUUGAUAAUGUCGAGAUGCUGAGUUACAGGCCUGAAUUGGAAGAGCCAACUUCUAAUUCAUGCCUUGCUGAUUUUGCUCCUACAUCAGUGGGACUGGAAUUGGAUACAACAUCGUUUGACUGCAAUGAGCGUAAUGCUGGAGAUAUUAUUCCUGAAGAAAAUACGACUCAUAUGGGUGAUAAUGUACCUUGCAUAUCGAAUUUCUCUGAUGUUCCAUCCCAAACAAGAGAUGAUUUCCUUCCUGAGUUGUCUGCUGAAAACCAUCCUGUGUAUGAGUUUGAUGACGAGGAUCCACAGAUUUCAUCUGAUGCUUCACUGCAUCUUUCAAACACCUUGGAGCCGUCUCUUGCAAAGCAAAGCAGUGAAAAUUUGUUAGAUGAUGUCCUUCGGGAAGAAUGCACAGAAGAUGAAUGUACGAAAAUUUCGGUCGACAUUCAGAUUGACUCACCACAUUCAGUUGCAUCAUGUACAGAAGAGCAGCCACUUGAUUCAGCCUUGCCAGAACUAGAAACUUGUGAUCCAGAUGUAAAGCACGAUGAUAUAGUUUCUGAAGUGGAUGGUUCUCCAUUGUUUGGGGAGAUAGCUAUUAGCUCAACUUCAGCAGUAGAUCCACAGGCUGGUGACUUUGCAAAGCAGCAGUUCCCAGAAAUAAUAGAAAAUGGUCCGCCGCUUGAACCAGAUUCAGAAGUUGGUUUUUCAUAUUCUAGAGAGAGAAAUAUUUAUAGGGAUUUUAAUGGGGCAUAUGGCGAGGAAUUCUGUGGAUUUUCCUCUGAUAAUGGUAUGGUUGGAAGGGACGAUGCUGACCUUAAAUUACCAUCUGAUUUCCAUAACUCUCCAGAUCAUCCAUCAGAUCCUGAGGUUCAUGUGCGUCUAGAUGAUGUGGUAACAGAAACCAUUCAUUCAGAACCAAUGAUUGUGGCUACUACCAUGGCUGACGCCCAUUAUGAUGAUAAUGAAGAUGAUUGCAAAUCUUUAUUCACAAGUUGUGCAAAGUUGCAAGAAGAAUCUGUUUCUAUUCUUCAGGAUUUACAUCGGAAUGGAUUGGAAAUCGACGAGAUAUGUUCUCCACAGCAUCGUCUUCAAGAGGCUGGUACAGAAAAGGAUGCGGAUCAGCAGGCUGUUGCUUCAUCGGAUUUGGACUCUGUUAUGCCCAAUACAGUCUCUUAUGAUGAUUCCAAACCAGAAUUGCUCAACAAUGUUCCCAACUCCUCUAUGGUUGCAAUCUCCGGAAACACAGUCCCAUUGUCUUCAAGUCAAAAUGACCAAGAUUCAGAAUCAAAAUCUCCCCAGCAGAUUAAUGUUAUUCAAAAUAUGGAAGUUCCUGAACUAAGAACUCCUUUGGAACAAGAGGUUGAGUUACAAGCUGAUCGAUUUGAUGUGGAAUCUCCGCAUUCAGGUAAAGAAAGCAUGGAGCUGUUUUUUCAUGUGUCACAGAUACAAUCUCCAAAUCACAUGGAUCAGGAAGGACACACUGAUGCUUCAUUUGAUUUUUUUGUGGCACAUCCAAGUCAAUCUUCAAUAUCAGAGUCCCGACCACAGCUCGAUGUGUCUGAGCAGGCCACAGAUCCAUCAAGUUCAAUCUUACCUUCUUUUGGCCUGCUUCCUGAGGCAUGUAAAACCAAUUUGGAUGGGAUGCCUCCAUUGCCACCUCUUCCUCCGAUGCAGUGGAGGAUAGGGAAGGUUCAACAUGCUUCUUUAGCUCCCGAGAGAGAUUUGGUACCACAUAAUCUAGAUCCUUCUCCACAAAUAUUGCCAUCUGCAGCUGAUGAGAAAGCUCAAUUGGGUCAUCUGCCAAUAGAGGGAGAGAUUACCCAACCUUCAAACCUGUUUUUACCACUCUCACCUGUAAAAGAUGAGAAUUCUGAGCAUGGUCAUUCCACUCCAUUAUCAUUGCAAAUGCCAACCAUGGUCAAUGGAAAUAGUGAUAAUGAUUUCCGAACUUCAGGUAGAACACAAUCCACGAACCCAUUCUUAGCGUUGCCUACCAUAUUUAAUGAGAGGUCACAACUUGGUUUCCUUGAUUCCGAGGGAGGAACAAAACAACCUACUUUGAAUCCAAUCACACAAGUGAUCAAUGUUGAAGAUACAGGUUCUACAAAUCCUCCCAGGUCAUUGCAGGAAAACCCGAUCCAGCCUCUGCAUCAAUCAGCACCACAAACAAGUUCAGAGGACAAGAAGCUUGACGUGACCUCUGUAAUUUCUGAGGGCAAAGUGGUAAAUCCUCCAGACACAACUUCUACGCCACCAGUGAUGCAGGAUGAUUGGCCCCAGCAUAUCUUUUCCACUUCGGAGGGACAAAUUGCAACUUUUGAAGAUGGAAAGGUAAAUGGAAAUCGGCAAAAGAAGCUUCCUUGGCCUCGAAAUCCUCUCAUUGAUGCUGUCGCUGCACUUGACAAAAGCAAGUUGAGGAAGGUGACACAGCGGGUUAGGCCUCAGAUGGGACAGGUGGAGGAUGAAAGAGAUUCACUACUGGAACAAAUAAGAACCAAGUCGUUCAACUUGAGACCUGCAGCCGCGACAAGGCCCUGCAUUCAGGGUCCUAAAACCAAUUUAAAAGUUGCUGCCAUUUUGGAGAAAGCAAAUUCCAUUCGUCAGGCAUUGGCUGGAAGUGAUGAAGAUGAUGAUGCUGAUGGCUGGAGUGAUUCUUGAAAAAUUAUUUUCUAGGGCUGCGUGUUCAUUCAAAUUAUUGCCAUGAAGUGUAUCGGAGGUGUAAUUCUUAAAGCUCCUCGCUUCUUUAAGGGCUUUGGCCCAAUGGUUUUUGCCAUGAAUUGGAGGCGGUGCAUCUAUCCUCUCUUCUUGUGAAUAGGAGAUCAUUGCGCUACACCUUUUUCUUUUCCUUUGCCUCUAUCCCCAUGUAUGAUAUUUCUUCUCUUUCUCAAUAGUUAUUGUGAGUGGUCGUGUCCUGCCCACAGAAACUGUGAUAGGUUGGGUUACGUACGUCAUAUGCGUGUGAAAAGUGCGCUGUCAUUUGAUUUAUUUGUAGAUUUUGGCGGGUAUAUAUAUUGCAUUCGGAGUGACAUAAUUUGAUUGAUUUGUAAUUUAGUAAUGUAUUUUUGUAUCUAGUUUACCAUUGCUGUUGUAACUUGGAUUAUAUCAUAUUUUUGCAAAAUUGUCUCUUGAAUAGAUUACCCUGAUUGGAUGUGUGUUCUACUA